UUGACAUAUUUGAUUUUGACUGGAAUAAACUGUGACUACAUUCUGAUAGGAUUAUUUUUAUUAUCAGCUAUUGUUUAGACCAAGACUAAAUAUUUUUAAAAAAGAAAGGAUUUGCUAUCAGUGUACCUACCGAUGUAAUUUCUUUUCACGUAAAGCCAUUUUUGUACUAUCUAGGAAUACAUACAGCUACUUGCUAAUAUCUAGAAAUUGGUGCAGCCAUUUGAAACCUGUGUAAUAACAUUCUCAAGGUUCCAAGAAAUUAAAUUUAUACGCAAUCAUGACAACAGCGCCGGGUGGAACAAAUAACUUUAAAGUAGUUUUGUUGGGUGAAGGGUGCGUCGGAAAAACAUCACUACUCUUGCGUUACAUUGAAGACAAAUUUAAUGAUAAACAUUUAACUACGUUACAGGCAACAUUUUUGAACAAACGGUUAAACAUAAAAGGCAAACGCAUCAACCUCUCCAUAUGGGAUACUGCCGGUCAAGAAAAAUUCCAUGCAUUAGGUCCAAUAUAUUACCGUAAUUCCAAUGGAGCCAUCUUGGUGUAUGAUAUCACAGAUGAAGAUUCUUUCGGCAAGGUCAAGAAUUGGGUCAAAGAGUUAAAAAAAAUGCUGGGAUCUGACAUUGUCUUAAUCAUAGCUGGGAAUAAAGUAGACCUCGAACAUGAACGCACUGUGCCUCUAGAAGAAGCGGAAAGUUAUGCAAACAUGGUGGGUGCAAAACAUUAUUAUACUUCAGCUAAGCUAAAUCAAGGAGUAGAAGAACUAUUUUUGGACUUAACAAGAGAAAUGUUGGAAAAAUAUGAGCAAAAUUCCCAAACUGAGGUGAACAGAACAUCGCAAGUUCUUGUUGUGGAUGAUGAAACACCUGUGCAGUCCUCAUGCUGUUCUGGUACCAAGUCUAAUUGAUCAUUACAUUUAAGCGCUGUGUGAUUUCAUUUUAAAAUGUACAUAUUUAUUUUACGGUGGCUCUUAAGGGUGCGUUGAAACAUGACGGAUGCGCCCCGAACGCACGGCACGAGCAUAGUUAUGUUCGCGUGCAUUUACAGUAACUAUUCGCGCGCUUCUAUAUUUGCUGGCACGGAAAUGGCGAAUGUAGUUCUCGCGCUCUCUAUUCAGUGCGCUUUUGAUAUACCUUGUCAUAACAUUGCUUUCGAAGAUAUUGUAAUGAUAACAUAACAGUCCUUGCGCGGCGCACGUGGAACUUGCGAGCAGCGCUGAAAUACAUUAACACGCGCGUGCGCAUCAACUUUGCAACACGCGCAUUCGUCAUCUUUGGAUACAUCCUAAUAUAAUAUUAUAUUUAAACCUAAUAAUGAUUAAAAGUUAGUAACGAAAGGAUAUAAAUUCCUGAAGUUGGUUAGGUUUUUAUAAUAACAUUAAAUCACUUUUAAAUAUAGCCAAUACGUGUGAAGUCCUUAUAUAUGUCACGCGAUAUUAUAAAUAGUUUCCAAAAACAUACCAAAUGGACCGAGGAAUAUCUUCCGAAAUUUCACCAAUUUGAAGAAAUGGGACAAAGCAACUGCUACUAGUACCUGUCUCUCUCCUCUAAGAUUGCUAUGGUUCUUUCAAACUAUUCUUUCUCAAUUCACCUGGAAGUUGUAUAGGGAUCGCUCAGUCCAUUCUCUAUGGCUAUAUGUUAUGCUAUCACAAAUUGUUGUUAUUGUUAGCAGUAAAAGCAAUAUUGCCACUUACUGCAACAUGCAGCAUGGUUUGAUGUCUACAAAUUAUUAUAUUAUAUUAUUAGUACUUAUACAUACAGAUAUAGAAGUUAUUUUAUAAAGGUAUAGUUUUAUGUGGGUUAUAUUAAUGUAUUUACUUAUAUAUGUCGAAGAUCUUGAAUUGCAGUGUAUUUUUUGUAUUCCAUCUGUGAUCUUUAAUAAAAUCAUUUUAAAAUUAAUGUUUAAUCUAUAUUAACAUAAAAUUGUAAAAAAGUUUAACAAUAUGAGAUAAUAUCGUUAGAAACAUGUGCUUUAAAAUAUAAAGUUGAUUAGGCUGUGGGACCGCAAUAAAUUAGCGAUCGUUUAUAAUAGGGUGUUUACACCUAGAGUAAGGUACAACUAAAUUUAAAAUCCAGAUUCACGCCUUAACUGCGAUUCAGUUAUGGCCACGAUCAGUGUCCCCUCCUACUUUUAAUUUGGUAUUGCAUAGUUGUAGACACCCCAGUAAAGGGCUAUUUAUACUCCACCUGAUAUAAAUAUUGUGCAUGUCCCAAUGCAACAUCUACGAACUAGGAUUGUUGGUUCUUUCGAAGGUAGUUCAAAUCAUACAGUUUUUCCUUACUGGGUGUGUGCAAUGUAUACCUGAUUGUCCCAGAUUGCUAAUUGCAGAAACUUAUCGUGUAUUCUAUAGCUUAGCAAUUAGUUCCCCUUCCAUUGGAAGUCCAUUAGUAGAUUAUAGAAAAUGUUAAAAAAAACUUGAUUAAACUUUUAUACCAUGUUAGUCCUUCCUCGUCCUCCGGCAUCUUGUGCUUUUGUAAGAAAUGUCAAGAACAAAUGAAGUUUGCUAUUUUUUAUUUACUAUUGAAACAUUUAAUUACGUCAUAAUAUCUUUCCUGAAAUAUUUCAUUCCUGGGUUAACGAAAAGCAAUACAAAUGAAUUUUGAAGCAAAAAUUUCCAAGCAUAUGUUAGUAGAAAUAUUACCCUGGCUUUGAAUUUUUAAAAAAAAUAAAACUGUUAUCUCUUUGGCUUGGUUGUUAUUAUAGCUAUUUACAAAUUACGUAAGUUACUACAUGUAAUAACGUCGUUUAAUUAUAAUAUUAAUUAAAUACAUA